AGCGUCUUUUCCCAAAAUGAACUCCAGGACGACAAUAUUUAAUGACCACACACUUGAGUUCAUAACUCAAAACCCAAUCCUAACUCAUCUCAACUCCGCCGCCCGCCGCCGCCCGCCACUCUGUCUGUCUGAACUCCGAGCAAACCGAGUAGAAAAUGGACUUGAAGGUGGAAUGGAGCUGGAACAAAGCUCUCAUCGGGGCAGUGACCGCCGUAGCCGCAACAGCUGUAAUAUCUUCCAAGCCAAAGGACCCCACCUUCGACGUCAUGUCCAUCAAGUUGACCUCCUUCAAGCUCAACUUCCCACUCCUCGACGCCGAGCUCAUCCUUACAGUCCAAGUCACCAACCCCAACAUCGCCCCCAUCCACUACUCCUCUACCACCAUGUCCAUCUUCUACAAGGGCUCCCUCCUCGGUACCGCCCAAGUCGAGGCAGGCUCUCAGCCCGCCAAGUCCUCCCAGAAGAUCCUCCUCCCAGCUCGCCUCUACGGCCUCCAGAUGGCCCACCACGCCGCUAGCUUUAUUGCCGACGCGGCGAGGCGGGAGAUGGUGCUGGACGCCGCUGUGGAUAUUGUCGGUGCGGCAAGGGUUUUGUGGUGGGACCACAAGUUUAAGAUCCACGUGGAUAGUCACUUGACCGUUGAUCCGGUUUUUCUUGAUGUUAUUGAUCAGGAAAAUAAGUCUGAGAUGGAGAUUAGUCUUCUUCAUACUUGAGCCGAUAUUUUCUCCCGGCGCUAAUAUUAUAUUUUAAUUGUUUUACGUUUUUGUUUUCAUGCUAAGCUUAAUUUGUUAAAUCGGUGUUUUGACAUUAUGUUCUAAAUAAUAUGAAAUGGAUAUGCGAGAAGACGUAACUUUCUUUUUAA